AUUAAACAAUUGGGUGUUUUUUGGGCCUCCAAUUCCAGGUCUCACAAAAUUCCCUCCUUCAAAAUGUGAUACUCAUUGUUUUUUACCCCUGCUCACACCUCAACUUGAUUUCCACACCAACAAAAUCUAGAGUUUAUGUAGAGUUUUAAACUCUUUUAUUCUUAUUGGGUAUUGUGUUUAAGUCUUCCCUUUUUUCUAUUGUUUUGUUUUUGGCUCUUUUCAAAGCUAACUACCCUCCUACAAAUUUUCAUAUCCAUUCACAAAUAUUUCUGGGAUAUUUUACACAUAAAUUAUUAUUAUUAUUGUCUUGUUUAUAAAACCCAGUUUGGGAAACUCGUGAAAAUUAAUGUUUAGACGAGUUUUGGUGCUUCAAGAAGAAUGAUGAGGUUGGUGCCUUUGUUUAGUUUGGUUUGCUUGUUCUUAUGUACUGAUGUUGUCCUUUGCCAAAGACCUCGUUCUGUGAAUAUUGGAGCAAUUUUCUCCUUCAAUUCAGUGAUUGGCAGAGUUGCAAGGCCGGCUAUAGAAGCUGCUGUUUCAGAUAUUAAUGCCGACCAAACAUUACUCAAUGGUACUACACUCAACUUGAUUACAGAGGACGCUAACUCUAGUGCCUUUCUGGGGUCCAUUGAAGCAUUUCAGGUACUUGAACAAGAGGUUUUGGCUAUAAUUGGUCCACAAUCUUCAGAAAUAGCUCAUAUACUUUCUCAAAUUGCCAAUGGUCUCCAAGUGCCUCUUGUGUCUUAUGGUGCCACUGAUCCUACUCUAUCUGCUCUCCAAUUUCCUUACUUCUUCCGAACCACUCAUAGUGAUGCCUUACAAAUGGCUGCCAUGGCUAGUCUUAUAGAGUUUUAUGGAUGGAAACAAGUCAUUACUGUAUAUGUGGAUAAUGAGUAUGGUAGGAAUGGUAUUUCAGCAUUAGAGGAUGAGCUUGAGAAGAAAGACUUGAGAAUUGCUUAUAAAUUGCCUCUUUCAAUCAACUUUAAUUCGAGCCAUGUAACCGAAAUGCUCAAUGCUUCUAAGUUAUUUGGUACUCGUGUCUAUGUUGUUCAUGUUGAUGUUGACCAAUCUUUGAAAAUCUUCAAAGUUGCCAAGAGACUUCAAAUGAUGAAUAGCAAUUAUGUGUGGUUUGCAACAGAUUGGCUAUCUUCUACAAUAGAUUCUUUCUCUCCAAGGGCUCGAAAAUCGCUGGAUUCUGUGCAAGGUGUAGUUUGUCUUCGCCAGCACACUUUAGAAUCCAAGAAAAAGCAAGAGUUUUUGUCUAGAUGGAAAGAUUUAAAGCAAACAGGUUUAUCAAGCUCUGAAUUGAAUGUCUAUGGCCUUUAUGCUUAUGAUACCGUUUGGACAGUUGCAUAUGCUGUUGAUAGAUUCUUGAAUGAGAAUGGAAAUUUGUCAUUUUCUCUCAGUGAUAAGUUACUAAGUAUUAAAUCAUCUGAUCUUCAGCUGAGCAAGCUUAGAGUAUUUGAUGGUGGCUCUACUCUUCGUUUGAAAUUACUGGAGACAAAUUUCACCGGUUUAACUGGUCAUGUUAGCUUUGAUUCGGCCAGCCGGAGUAUCAUUAGUAGCGGUUAUGAAGUCAUUAACAUUGAUAAUAUGAAGAUUAACAGACUUGGUUUUUGGUCUGAAGGCAUAGGGCUUUCAAUUUCUCCACCAGAAACUCUGAAAGCAAAGCAGAAUGAAUCUUCCAUUUUGGAUCAAAAUCUUGACAAUGCUACUUGGCCUGGUGGAGGCACAGAAAAACCACGUGGUUGGGUGAUUGCGGUUCAUGAGAAACCUUUGAGAAUUGUAGUCCCAAACAGAACAAGUUUUAAGGAUUUUGUUACAGUAAACCAUCCUCAUGAUAUUCGGGGAUACUGUAUUGAUGUGUUCCUUGAAGCGCGAAAAUUAAUCCCUUAUGAUGUUCCUUAUAAAUUUGUGCCUUUCGGAGAUGGUCAUUCCAAUCCCAAAUAUGAUCAGCUUACAAAACUGGUUGCAGAUGAUGUAUUUGAUGCUGCUGUUGGGGACAUUGUAAUUGCCAGGAACCGGACAGCAAUGGUGGAUUUUUCUCAGCCUUACGCUAGUACUGGUCUUGUGAUAGUGGCACCUAUAAGUCGUCCGCAGUCAAAUGCUUGGGUGUUUCUCAAGCCAUUUUCCUUGGAGUUGUGGUGUGUCACAAUAGCUUCUUUUCUGAUGAUUGCAAUUGUUAUUUGGACUCUUGAACAUCGAGUCAACGAUGAUUUUCGUGGUCCUCCUGUUAGGCAACUUGCAACAAUGCUUCUGUUUAGCUUCUCAACAUUGUUCAAGAGAAAUCAAGAAGAUACUGUGAGCCCACUUGCGCGGAUGGUGAUGGUGGUGUGGCUUUUCCUCUUGAUGGUGAUCACAUCAAGCUACACAGCUAGCUUAACUUCAAUCCUCACAAUACAACAGCUUCCUUCUUCGAUCACCGGAAUGGAUAGCUUGAUGGCAUCCAAUUCGCCUAUUGGUUAUCAAGUAGGCUCAUUUGUGUAUAACUAUCUUACUGAGAUUCUUUUCAUACCAAGCAAAAGACUUGUUCACCUAAGGACUCCAGAAGAGUACGAAAGGGCACUGAGGCUGGGCCCAAAUGCUGGAGGUGUGGCAGCCAUCAUAGAUGAGCUUCCUUAUGUUGAAUUGUUCCUAUCAGACCAAACUGAUUUCGGGAUCAUUGGACAGCCAUUCACUAGGGGUGGAUGGGGAUUUGCUUUUCAAAGAGAUUCUCCUCUGGCUGUGGACAUGUCAACAGCAAUCUUGAAACUUUCUGAGACUGGAAAACUUCAGGAGAUCCACAAGCUCUGGUUUUGUAAGAUAGGAUGUCCUGGUGACAAUGAACUAGACAAUGAGCCUAACCAACUUCAUUUGAUCAGCUUUUGGGGUCUGUAUCUACUCUGUGGAGCCUUUUCUCUUGCUGCCCUUGUAAUAUUUCUUAUCAGAAUGAUUCACCAAUUCGUCCGGUACAAACGCCGAGAGAAUCAGAAUGCUCCCUCUCUUUCAAAUUCACCACCAAGGCCAUCAUCAUCAGGUCAAUGUUCUGGUGUCAUCUCUAGCUUUGUUGACUUUGUUGAUGAGAGGGAAGAAGCUAUCAAGAACAUGUUUUCUCACUCUAAUAGACCUCAUCAAGAAACAAUUUCAGAGAAAACUUGAUCAAUAAAUAUGUAAAUAACACUAUGUAGUAGUACUGAGAAUUUUUUUCUUUUCUUUAUACAUGGUGAUUUGUUUGUAAACAAGGAAGAAAAAACAGGCAAAUCGUUUUUUAUAUAAUGUAAUAAUAGUAGUGCUCUGUCACACUUUCCCUGUA